UUUCUUCUUUGUGGCAGCCCCUGCGAUAUUGGAACACUGCUAUCAUGUCUCCCCUAGUCCUUCUUUUCAUCAAACUAGACAUAACUAGUUCCUGCAACCGUUCUUCAUAUGUUUUAGCCUCCGGUCCCCUAAUCAUCUUUGUUGCUCUUCUCUGCACUCUUUUCUAGAGUCUCAACAUCUUUUUUAUAUCGUGGCGGCCAAAACUGGAUGCAGUAUUCCAAGUGUGGCCUUAUCAAGGCAUCAUAAAGUGGUAUUAACACUUCACAUGAUCUUGAUUCUUUCCCUCUAUUUAUGCAGCCUAGAACUGUGUUGGCUUUUUUGGCAGCUGCUGAUCCGGUUGAGCGCUGUCCAGUUUUUCCUUGGAAGAUCAAAGCCGGAGGGGCAUUGUAACGGAUCAGUGGAGGUGGCUGAAUGGGAAGAAAAUGCAGGUCACGGACUUGUUUUUCUUGCCGGAAAGGAUGUGACACUACAAUUAUUCUUCCAGCUGUUAUGCUUCUGCCACAGCUGUCAUUGAACGGCAGUUUUAGGGAGCAUGCUAUUCGACUGUAGACCUUCGGUUCAACUAGGCACAUGCUUUGUUGAUGUCCAGCUCCUGGCAUUGUUCCACUUUCAAAAUAACAAGUGAUCUGCUUUGGAGCAGAGUAAACAAACGAGCCUGGGUUGCAUUCUCGGGUGUCAGAUUGUCAAGCUGCUACUUUAAAUGACCAUGGCUGACCAGUGUGUUUCACUGGGCCCUGAAGAUCUUGCACCCCCAACUGAAGACAUCCCCAGUGUUCAAGAUUUAGAGCAGCUCCUGAAUACUGGGAGCCCUUCCUGCCACCACACUGACGAAGUCUGGCCUAAUCUUUUCUUAGGAGAUCACGUAACAGCACAUAGCAGAUUUGACUUAUGGAAAAUGGGGAUUAGCCACAUUUUAAAUGCAGCUCACGGCACUCUAUAUUGCCAAGAGUCGCAUGAUUUUUAUGGCACAACGAUUGAAUACCGUGGUGUACCAGCUCACGAUCUUCCCGGUUUUGACAUAAGCCUAUACUUUUACUCUUCUGCAGAGUUUAUACACAAGGCUUUGACUACACCCGGAGGCAAAAUCUUUGUCCACUGCGCCUUUGGGAUAAGCAGGUCCUCCUCUUUGGUGCUGGCGUACCUUAUGAUCUACCAUAAUUUCUCGUUGGUUAAAGCGAUUCAGACAGUAAAAGAACAUUGGUGGAUCUUCCCUAAUCGAGGUUUCCUGAAACAAUUAAGAAAUUUGGACCUUCAACUAAGAAAAAAUCCGAACAAAUAAAGCAAUGGAAUAU